AUGCCCAGGUCAUAUGUUGUAGAAGCAGGAGGACGAAAGUAUCGUCGCAACCGGCGACACAUAAGGAGAGCAACUGACAAUGCCAACAAGGACGCUCGGUGUUCUUUCAGGAGAACUUACGAAGGAGGUCAGGACGAAGAGGAGAUCCAAAGCUCUAUUUUAAAACAUGAAAGUUUGAGGCAAAAAUAUCAACAUUGGAAGACUGUCAUCAGAAACAUUAACACUGCUAUUGGCAAUGUUCCUAUCGGGUCAUACCUGGGUUAUCAGUUUUUUGAUGAAAACAAUGAAGAAAUACAGUUUGUGUUUGAUAGGCGACAAGAAAACAUCAGAAGUGAGAGUGAUGUAUUGAAGUAUGUAAAGCCAUUCCCUAGUUUACCAGUAGGUGCAAUUGACAAUAUUCCCUUUGUGCCUCCUGAAAAUCUUACGCCUGAAGAAGUAAGAGUUUUAUCAUCUAUAACAUUAACUCUUGAGAGGGCUCAGGAACUCUUUGACAAAACUGUAGGACAAUCAUUACUUCCUGAAUGGUUUGAAGCAAGAAAGAAAAGACUAACAGCCUCAAAUGUUGGUGCAGUACUUCACCGUAAGAAAAAACCAACCGAGUCAUUUUUGCAAAGCAUUUUUGAUCCUAAAGACCUGUCAAAUGUAGAGUCAAUAAGGCAUGGGAGACAAAAUGGGCUGAAAGCACAAGCUAUAUAUGCAUGUGAAAUGCAAAAGAAAAACAGAAAAUUCACUGUCUUUGAGGCAGGGCUUGCUGUCAAUCCUUCGCUGCCUUUCCUUGGUGCAACACCAGAUGCAAAAGUAUUUGAUCCAACAGAAAAAUAGCCAUUUGGGCUUCUAGAGAUCAAAUGCCCUUUCACUUGGAGGGACAUGACCUUUGAAGAUGCUUGUCAGGACCCAAAGUUUACCUGUGAGAUUGUUGAUGGAAAGUACUGCUUAAAGAAGAACCAUAAGGCUGGAUACUAUGCACGAGUGCAGGGACAGCUUGCUUUGUCAAAAGCAAGGUGGUGUGAUUUUGAAGUCUAUUUAACAGCAUCUAAAGAAAUGAAUGUACAAAGAGUCUAUUUUGAUGAGGCAUACUGUGAUCAAGUUCUGCCUAAACUGAAAGACUUUUAUUUCAAGCAUGCUAUACAGUUCCUUGUAUGAUAAACUGUUUAGUGUUACACCCUCAGUAAUUACUGUUAUGCAAAUAAUAUUGUGGUUGUGGUACAGAAUGCCUGAAUAGAAGUUAGUCAUUUGARUAAAUGCAGGUGGUUAAAACUUGCAAGGAAUAAUAUACAGCUGAUAAAGUGUUUCAAGACAAUGUUCAAAGUUUUAAAAGUUUUAUUUCAAACAUGGGGUUUACACCUUGAUAACUAUUACGACCUAUUUAAACCACAUUCCAUUCCCUGUAAUAGUUCAUCAUUCCCUUAGUUAAGGAACUUGUCAUAUCAGUGUGUUGUAGGCUCCACUUUUGCUUCAUUGUAUAACAACAGGAUGGCAGGUAUUAGACUGCUACUCUAAAAUAGGGUCCAUGAAGUUACUUAUUACACAGCAGACUGUCCAAAGUUGGUUAACAGUACCAAGUAAGGAUAUAGGUAAUGGCUUUGAAAAAAUCCCAAACCUCCUGACUUUUCCUAUGGCUCUUCCUACAUGUAUUCUAUGUUGAGCAAUUGUUUGAGUUUUUAAUACAUCUGACUCUUGAAACUGAGCUUCUGAGCCCAAAAAUGGUGGUAUMUUUAAUUGCAAACCAAUACCCUUUAAUUCACUCUCUAUGUCAAAACCUUUAUCAGCCAUUAUGGAGUCAUUAGGUAAUAUUUCCCUAAGUGAUAACUUCCUUUCUAGAAUAUUCAAAAACCCAGACCUUGUUACUAUUUGCUUGUCAGAURUAGACCCAGUAUAUAGCUGUGAUAUAAAAAUAAACCCUCCUUUGGCAUCAACUCC